UCACACUUGCUCCGGCAACUUCCCUGCACGCACACACACAGAGAAAGAAAGAGUGGAAGAUGGUGAUGACACAAGCACAGCACACGUUUCUCCCCCGUACUCACUCCACUCACCGAGAUAGUCCUCAUUGAUGGAGCCAAUGGCAAACUGACCAAGGCCACACCACAGUCAUUACACAUACAAAACAAACGCACUAUCAAUCAUGCUGCCUGGAUGGUGGUCUGGCUCGGUUGUUUUGUGUGCUCACUCACCACGUUGGUUGCAUCGUUGUUGGUGCCGAUGAUGCGGACCCUCACCCGUGCCUCCGGCUUGAUGGUCGCGUCGUCGGUCUUCUUCUCUGUCGACUGCCAACAGGGGGGCGUCGCGUUGGCCACAAACUGAUAAUGCAUCGGCAUCGACUGAUUGAGGCAGGCAGGCAGACACACACCAGACACAGACACAGACGGUGUGUUGUCGAUUAGUUAAAGUGUGUCCCCUUGAUUUGAUUCGUCCUCACGCUUUUCGAGACGAACACCUGGAGAGGUCCGCACUGACAGAAGAAACCCAGCUGCACACGGACAGACAGAAGACGCACACACACGCAAAUGCACAUGUGCUGUGCGUUGUGUCCAGCCAUAUCACUCAUCCAUGUGUCAGUCACAGCGAGUGAGCGUACUUACUGAGUUGACCUCUUCCGUGACAAUCCCAUCGAGGACCUCGCCCUUCCUGGCCUUGAAUGCGAGUGCCGUGUAGUUGACCUCCACCACCACCAGGCCCGUGCCGUCCUGCACGUGGCCUCUCCCACGCGGAUCUGCGUCGAUGACGGUGAGCACGAUUCCCCGGUCGGCGUUGACGCUGCCCUCCAGCUCCUUCUCCACUGCCUCCUUCAUCGCGGCGAUGUAGUGCGGACCGAUCUGCGACGGAUGCAGCCGCACAUUCGUCAGACGCUGCAGCAGGUAAAACAUCGCCGGACGAUGAGGCUUCUCAAGUCCAGAUCCAAUUCAUUGGCGGCCGAAUCAUGCCUGUCAUGUCGACAAGAAGCGUUCAGAACUGUGUUUUG